UCUCUCUUGCUUUCAAAAACUGUGUAGGAAGAGGGGCAUGAGGCAUGGGAGAGAGUUAGAGCUGCUAACCAGCUGCUGCGUCUGAAUGGAGUGUUUCUCUGAGCUCAAUGUAAGUGCUCCAGCUGAAACUUCAGCAGAGACGCACUCGGGAGGAACUGGUCAGCCAGGGGAUCAUGCCACCAUUGAAGAGUCCUGCUGCCUUCCAUGAACAGAGACGCAGUUUAGAGAGAGCUAGGACAGAGGACUAUCUGAAACGCAAGAUCCGCAGUCGUCCAACGCGCUCGGAGCUGGUCAAGAUGCACAUUCUGGAGGAGACAUGUGCAGAGGCGUCCCUGCAGGCGAAGCAGCUGAUGCUGAAGAAAGCACGUCUGGCUGAUGAUCUGAAUGAUAAACUGUCACAGAGACCCGGGCCUAUGGAGCUAAUAGAGAAAAACAUUAUACCAAUAGACAGCGGCAUCAAACAGGCUGUUUUAGAAGUGAGAAAUUCAUCGUGUGAAGAGGACAGCAGUGAUGCUUUGUCUCCUGAUCACCUUGUCAAUCAGGAUUCCACCAAUAAAGACUCUCCUCUUGGCUCCGCCCCUCUAUCUGCCUCACCUGAUGCACCUGCCAGAGACCCCUCACCUUCACAGGCACCACCCCCACCCCCACCUCCUCCAUUACCGGUGGCAUCUGCUCCUCCCUCUCAGCAGAAGCUGACCAAUGGGACGGCAGCCCACAAACCUGCUGCUGGACAAAUAAAGGGCAGUAAAGCUGCUGCUGACCGCAGUAAAAAGCAGAGGGACAGUAAGCCGAAGGUGAGGAAGCUGAACUUUCAUCAGUACAUCCCUCCAGAUCAGAAAACCGAGCGCGAGGCCCCGCAACCAUUAGACUCCAGCAACUCCAGACUUCUCCACCAACAGCAGCUUUUCCUACAGCUACAAAUCAUCAGCCAGCAGCAUUCAAACUAUCCAGCCAUCCUCCCAGCCCCGCCCAGGCCUCCAGGGGAGCAAAAGGGCUCUUCAAACAGUGGCUCAUCAUCAACAAAGAAAGCCCCGCCCCCUCAGCCACCAUCCACCAAUACUAACAGCCCGAGUCAUCACACCCUUAUAUCAAUUCCUCUACCACCCCUGCCCUCCAAACUGGAUGAGCUAAAGGUGGCAGAGCUGAAGCAUGAACUCAAAAUCCGUGGCCUUACUGUCUCUGGGACCAAAAAUGACCUUAUAGAACGUCUAAAGAACUUCCAUGAACAGAAUGGGGGCAGUGAUCCCCCCAACAAUACUGGGGGCCCAAGUGUGCCUGCAGCCUCUAACACAUGCAUGUCCCAACCACCACAGCAGCAACAACUGACUGUCCAACCCUCAGCUUCCAACACCAUUCUGCACCAAUCAGGACACACUGGCAUGUUGGUGGCAACUCUCCCAUUGGUCACAACUGUGGGAAGGGGUGGAGCCCCAUCUGCUGUUCAGCCUCAACUGAUGCAAUUUGGGAGUUGCAGCCCCUCCUCUCCUCUGUCACCCACCCACUCUGAGCACUCAUUGGCUGGAACAAGCCCAGAUGACCACACCUGUAAUGGAGAUGCAUUUGGGGAAAUGGUGAGUUCUCCUCUAACCCAGCUCUCUCUCCAGCCCUCACCUCCCACCCCGCCCACCAUCCACAUUAUAGAUGAAUUACCACCAGCCCUGCCCUCAGCAACCCAUGGUCCCUCCCACCCCUUCCUGGCCACCGCACCCUCUGAGGAUAAGGACUGGAUGCUGCAGGAGAAGGACCGGCGCAUUGCGGAGCUGACCCGCAUGCUGCAGCAGAAACAGCAGCUGGUGGAGAGACUGCGCUCACAGCUGCAGGACCAGCAGACAGGGUGCGUGGCCUUCACACCACACCCACUAAUCAAAGUGAAGGAGGAGCCUCAGGACAUCCCCAUGGAGGAUGUGGAGGAGAUACAGGCCGAGCAAACACAGCAACAGCUGCAGCUACAGCAGCAGAAGGUCUUAGAGGAACUCAUCCUGCAGAAGAACCAGCUCAACCUGUGCAAACAAACACAGCACAGGCGCAAAAAACCACACAAACAGCAACCCAAUCAGACACUCAGCAAACAUCAGCCACGACAGCAGCAGCAACAGCAACAGCAGCACAACUCUCAGCAGGUGUCUCAGGUGUUCAUCAGUCAGCAUUCAGGUGCCCCCUCCUCUUUCCCAGUGGGUAGCCAUAAACCUAACUCUUCCCAAACUAUGCUGACGGACAGCAAUGGCAACCACUUCCUGCUGAAGCCGACCAAUCACAACACAAACAACCAAGCCAACAACAGCUCCCAGAAUAGAAUGACCAACCGGGUCACUCCACAGAGACAGAAGUCCACACCCAGCAAGUUACCCAGCCAGUCAGCACCUCAGAUGCCUAACAGUGACGUCCAGUCAAAACAGCAGACGAUCUGUAAACAGCCACUAAAAAAGGCGCUGAAACCUGAGAAACAUGGGCCGACCAAUCACAUGAAAGCACGCUCAUCAUCAUUCAGCACGUCAUCCACAUCGUUUUUCACCAUGGAGUCAGUUAACAAUCUGGUCACCUCUUCUUCCAGUCAUAUGGACGAGAUGUGUUUGGGUGUAGAUCAGCACAUUCUGUUUACUCCUCCUUCACCUAAAGUAAACACAACUCCAACUUCACGCCGAAAGCCUCUCCACCAGGACGAGAUGUGUUUGGGUGUAGAUCAGCACGUUCUGUUUACUCCUCCUUCACCUAAAGUAAACACAACUCCAACUUCACGCCGAAAGAAAAGUGGACGCAUUCAGAAGAUUGACAACCUGUUUGACAUCCUGGUUCAGAGUGGUGAAAUCUCAGUGAAUUUCAAGCCUACUCCGGAUCCUGCUCUGUCCCGCAUUUGCACAAACAGCCCACCUCUUUCCCCAAGCCCCUCUCCUCUCCAUCUCUCUCCACCCACUCCUUCCAUCCCUGACACACCCCUUGGAGCUUCAUUACCAUCAGAAGAACCUCCAUUUCAGGAGGAAUUUAAUAGCUGCAGCACAAUUAAUGGGCGUCUGGAGGACUUCUUAGAAAGCACCACUGGAAAACCCCUUUUGGGGGUGGAGCCUGGAGGUCAUGUGACUUUGAUAGACGAACUCCACAGCCAGUUACUGAGUACGCCCAGCAUCCUAGACCAUCCUUCAUCUCCCAUGGACACGUAUGAGUUCGGACUGACCUCCAGUCGAACUGGGCUGGAGUUGGCUGAAUCUGCUCUGGACAGCAUGGACUGGCUGGACCUGGGCAUUGGAGGGUCAGUAGGCGACGGGCCGAGUACGAUGUCUUUGAAUGGACAUGCACCCACCAGUGUGUUUUCCACUGACUUUCUGGACAGCUCUGACCUUCAUUUACACUGGGACUGUUGAGAGCCGGUGAAGACUCACCCAUGCACUCACAUAUACACACACCAUAGAGACAGUUUGGGCAAAACUGUGAUAGUUAAAGUGAUAAUUUGGCCAAAAAUUACAUAGUUUUCUUCUUACUCAAAAUGUGGUCAAUUAGCCAAGACAUUUGGUAUCUGAAGUUUGCUUGUUUAGCUUUAUCCUAGAGAUACUAGAAUAAUCCAACUGACAAGUCUUUAAAAAGCUUAUAUUCAACCAACCAGCAGUGUUAGUGGACUGCAUUCUUAAAUCAACUCAAAAGUAGAGACUAAUUCAGGCUUAAUUACUUUGCCCACCUCUAAAAUGUCUUCACUUCCUCCACCUGUCAUCGAGCAAAAUCCUCUGCAAUCUAAGAGACACUCUUGAUUCUACGCAUAAAAUCCAUAUAUAUUUGGAUAUUAUCACAGUUAUUAUCAUAGUUAUGUGAUAAUAUGAAUAUGAGCUCUUAUGAAACUUAAUUUGAGGGUAUUUGGGUGAAUGGUGUAGGAAUUACAACCAUUUUCAUAUGCAUUUCCCCCCACCCAAAUUUAUUUUAUAUAUUUUAUUUAUCUUUAUUGCAAUUGUCUUUGGUUCCUGCUUGUUCUUGGGAUAUUUUACCUUCAGUUUUGUCUUCAAUAAGUGAUAUGAUUGAUUAGACUAAGGUCAGGUGGGUGACUUGGCCAUUGAAAAACAUUCCACAUCUUUGCCUUAAAAAAGUCUUAGAGUGCUUUUGCAGUAUGCUUUUGGUAAUUUUCUUUCUGCACUGUGAAGUACCGUCCAAUUAGUUUUGAAGUUUUGCGCUGAAUCUGAGCAGAUAGUAUAGUCCUAGUCAUCAGAAUAACUCCUGCUGCUUUUGACAGCAGUCACAUCAUCAAUAAAUACAAGGAAACCAGUUUGACUCUACAUCCCCAGCCAUAACACUACCUCCACCAUGCUUCACAGAUGUGAUGGUAUGGUUUGGAUCAGGAGCAGUUGUUUUACAGGCUUUAUGGAAGGAAAAUGUGUCAUAUCUCCCCUGCACAUUAUUUAACAACUCACCAUGCUUUGAGACAAGUGUGAGAUGAUUUAGCCAUGGAGUUUGCAUGAUGCCAGCUGGUAAACAUGAGCUUGUGUAGUUCAAGAACUAAAGAAGCAAACUUCAGACAUGCUUUGAGGUAAGAGCAAAAUUAUGUAAAUUAUUAAAAUAAUACAUUUUCAGUGAACUGUUCCUUCAAAAGACCCAGAAGGUGAAGUGCCUUAGAAGAUGUGUGUGUGUGUGUGUGUGUGUAUGUUCCUUCAAAAGACACAGUUGUGAAUGUGAAAUUAAAUUGGUGCCUUUCUAAUCCCAUGUAGACAGUCUGCGAUGUGUCAUUUCGAGCCUAAGAUCCUUUCUGUUGUAAGUUAAAGGUGGAUUUGAGGCUAUUUUCUAUUUCUAAUAUGUUAAGUUUAGAAUCUGACCUACAUUUGACCCUGCUGAGACAGCUGUGUGCUUCUAUUAGAAAGUCUAUUAGACCUUGUGUCUGACACCAUUUCACACAUACACUCUGUCCAUUUCAAUUAAAGUGUUUAAUAUAUUGUUUACAUGUAGAGGUGGGUAAUAUGGAUCACCAUAUUUUGUUCUUCUGAUAAACUGGAACACAAAAGAACCUGUGGUGCCACAUUUUAAGGGCUGAUGUCAUGAGGAAAUGAAUGUAUUAUGUAUAGACUGUUUCAUGGUUCAACAUUUUUCUUCUAUUUUAUUUUUUUCCUUCGGUUCCACUUACAGUAUUUGUGUGAUUUUAUGUACCAAAAUGAUCUUAAUUUAUUUUUACAUGACCAUUUUCCAACCUCUCUUGAUCCCUUAAACAUGUUAAACAUGCUGUUGGUCAGUUUUCCAAAGUACUGAUGAUAUCCAUGAUCUGCUUAGGAAAGCAUAUUGUGAUAAAGGGAGAUCCACUCGAAAGCGGCCCUGAAUAUUCUAACUCCCAUUAAGCUGUAACUCCCAUUAAGAUGAAGCCAAAAAUUAUGAAACAAAAAAUAUGCUACAUACAUUGAUGUAUGUGUAAUUAAUUGCAUUACAUGUGAUGCUGGACGUGAACUCCAUUUUCUGUCAGAAACAUUUCGACACAGUGCUCCAUGUUCCUGAACGUAUCGCCAAGCAUUAGAGAGGUUAAACGUUGUGACUGCUGUCCAGCACCUGCCUCAUCGCUGCAAUGCAGGGUCUUUCCGGCUUGUUCGAAGCUCAAUAUACUGAUGAGAACAGUGCACAUUGUUUGCUUCAGAUUACUUUGUCCUAGAGAAAGUUAUUACAGAAUAUUCGGGGCCUCUUUCGAGUGACUCUCCUUGUAUAAUUUAUUACAAUAACAAUAAAUAUCAUAUUGCCCACCCCUAUUCACAUGUAAAUGUUUGUUGCUCAGUAUUAUUUUAUAUUGUCCAGCUCAGGAACCUGUUUGUGAGUAUACGUAUUUUACAGAGAGUGGUUAUGUGUGGUCUGUCUGUCUGUCUGUCUGUCUGUCUCUCUACCUGUGUAUAUAAGCUCAACACAAUGAUAGUUUUUGUGCGUAGUGUUUUCUCUCUCUAGAUACAUUUGCACUUGUAAAAUUUGGGCUGGUGCCCAAAAAAAUCCUAAGAAUGUGAUUUAUUCUGCCUUCACAUGCUUAUCGGACCCUAUUUCACAUUGCAACAUCAUAAUUACAAAGUCUUUGCAGUUAGAAACAUGCUUAGCUAGUUAACUGGCUUGAUCUAUUUUGGUAUCAUGCUCACAUUGCACGAAUGUACAAAAUGUAACCAACAGUUAUUAAUGUAAGUAGACCUGCCACUGUAUUUUAACAUGUGUAUACACAUGGAAGUAAUUCCAAAAUAAUAAAUCAUGCAUAGCCUUUCAAAGA